UAAAAAAAUUUUUACUUUAGACUAAAAUGAUGACGACUUCCAGAGAUUUGACGGGCAAAGUAGUGCUGAUCACCGGCUCGAGCGGUGGCAUCGGUGCUGUCACUGCCGUAGAGUUCGCUCGACUCGGGGCUCAAGUGGUGGUCACCGGUCGCAGAAGGGAUAGGGUGUCCGCUGUGGCCAAACAGUGCGCUGAGGCGUCGCCUACCGGUGCUAAAGCCCUGGAAGUGGUGGCUGAUGUGACCAUCGAUGACGACUGUCGCCGAUUAGUGUCGGAUACUAUAAAGGCGUUCAAAAAGUUGGACAUUUUAGUCAAUAACGCGGGUCGGGGUAUAUUCUCGAGCAUACAGGAUGAGAAUAUCCUCGAUAAGUAUGAGCUCAUUAUGAACACAAACCUCCGGUCAGUCGUAUGGUUGACUCACUUAUGUGUCGAGCAUUUGGAGAAAACUAAGGGUAAUAUCGUUAACAUGUCGAGUGUUGCGGCCUUUAAACCGUUAAUGCCAUUGCAGUCAGUGUCAAAGGCGCCGCUGGAUAUGUUCACAAAAUGCGUAGCACUCGAAUUGGCUCCCAAUGGCAUCCGGGUUAACGGGAUCAAUCCCGGUUACGUGAAGACUGAGGAGGCAGUCCGUCCGCACCCUAAUAAAGCAAAAGCUGACGAAUUAAAGGAGAGAUUUAAAAAUAUGUGCCCAUUGGGACGGGCGGGUGAGCCCAUGGAUGUGACAAAAGCCGUGUUGUAUUUGUCGUCCGAUGACGCGUCGUUUGUGACCGGACACAACUUCGUGGUCGACGGAGGCAUACAACACGUGCUGUCCACAAUAAUAGGCUGACCAGAAUAUUAUUCCGAAAAGUUGGAUUUUGUCCAUUCAUUUUCUAUAAAAUCGGGACAAAAACUAGACAGCCUUUUAAACUAAUUAUUGUAACCAAUAG